CAACAAGUUCCUUACAUCUGCAGGAUGACAGGGUCAGGUGUCCUUCAAGGUGGAACAAGCAGAGAGAAAUUAACCUCACUGACCAAAUCUCAGUGCUGAUUCAUGUCUCUGAAGCCUCAACUACCAUUAUUAAAAGUGCAAUAGUUUUGUUAACAGUUGUUCAUAGGCUUGGUCAGUUUAGAAUGAGAGUAGAAAAACAAUCUUUCAUUUGAACUGGUAACACCAAACCCAAUCAGACACUGCAUGCUGCUAGCUAGCAAAGUAGCUAAACAGACUCAUCAACAGAGAAUGCACAAAUAACUUGGCUGGUUUGCAAGCCUAGAUCUAAUAAAAUAGUUGGCUGCAUUUGCCACUAUUUCAUCAGAUGGCAUUUCUUUUUAACAUGUCUUACCUGUAAACAAGACGGGCACGACUGUUUUCUCCUGCCAAGCCACUGAAAUGGAGUGAAACGCGAUCAGGUGCCCACUUUAGUCCCUGGAAACAAAUGGGGGAAAUGUAUUUAGCUGGCUAGCAUGUUCCCCAAUUAAUGAUUUUAAACCUGCCCGGGUCUUCACAACUGAUGCAUUACUGAAUCUACAACUAAACUUGGUGGUUGAGUUGUUGAACUCUAAACACCUGAUAAGCAGGACGAGGUUGCCUACUAGCAUUAGCUAGCUAUUGCUUCCGAAGUGUUAGCUAGCUUAGCAAUGGGCUGAUAAACAACAGUUAAUCAACAUUUUAAUUAAAAAUUCAUAUGAAAGUAAAUUGUUUAACAUUUGAACAUAAUUUAGUAAAUAAAUAAUCAUUAUACAUUUUGCAAAGUUAUUGCUUAUUCUUCUGCAAAUUUCUCUCUCAAGCGGGUACUUCUGUCUGUCUGGACUGAUGUGUUAUCAUGCUUACUAAAUAAAUAAAGGAGGACAGUGGAGUGCGCUCCUUGACCUUUGUGGGUUGUGUCCAAACCCCGUGACCUGCGAUUUCAAUUAAUCUGAUUGGUCAAGACAUACAAAGAGCCUGCAGCAGCAAUCUUUAUGUGUGAGUUGACAAAAUCAUGAGGCAAAUCGGUUUAAAAAACAGCAGUUUGUCCCCUUUGCGUCAAAUUAUUUUAUUAAACAGAAUCUAAUGUGCUGGGCAAAUGCCGUCAUGCAACACGUUUUUUUGUCAGCCGUGAUGCAACUUCUGAAAUGUGUUCUGCCUGUAAACCAUCCAAAAGUAGUUGUCUUUUUGCAUGAAAAGGAAGGAAAUUACAGCAACUUGUGCCCUCAUGUGUCAAUCACUCACUUACUUCUUGUUUUCAUACUGCCAGUGAGUUGUCUUACAAAACCUUUCCACUUUGCUCUGGUGGGUGAUGCAACAAUGGCAUUGAGAAAACCAGGAAGUGUGUUUGUGGUCUUUCUCUUGUCAAUGGCAGCAAAUACAGCAACAAGGUGUGGACAACAAAGCCAGGUGAUGGUGCCUCCCACCAACGUAGUGAAGGGACAGGGGGUGACACUGACCUGUAGCAACACCUGUACUCUGAGUGACAACCCCAACCCCACCUACAUCUGGUACAAGAAUGGACAUCGUCUAGAUAAGCACAUUUCCCAACAAUAUCCUAUCCACAUUUACUAUUCAGACAUUUACUCCUGUGCUGUAAAAGGCCAUGAGGAUCUCCUCUCUCCUGCAGUGUGUGUUCAGGGUCAGAGCUGUUUGAAUGUGACUUACACCAAGAGGAGUAUCUGUGCCUUGAAGGGGUCAACAGUGGACAUUACCUGCACGUAUAGACAUCCCAGCUGGCAUAACGUCACAGAAGUAUUCUGGUUCAACAAAUGGGAGUCUGGAGUUACUACAGAUCUAAUCCAGGACCCAGAAUAUGCAGGUCGUGUGAAGUACCAACCAACUACAGACAAGGGCUCCACCCUGAGAAUCACAGACCUGAGAGAGAGUGACUCUGCUGAAUAUAAGUUUAGAUUUACAACAACGGAGGUAAAAUGGGGAUACAGCUUCCCUGGAAUAACUCUGAUUGUCACAGACCUGCAGGUGAAGGAGACUCCUGGUACAGAGGAAGGGAAGGUGACACUGACCUGUAGCACCACCUGUAUUCUAACUGACAACCCCACCUACAUCUGGAAGAAGGCCUCCAAAUCCACCUCUGACACAAGAGACAGAAGAGACACAGCAGAGAACGGACAGAGAGACUCUAAUCCAGUGUAUGACAACAUCUCAGGCAUGAACUUGUCCCCUAUUGCAGCACAGAGAGUGAUCACAGACGAGCAGGAUGAUAUUACCUACGCAAGCAUCCAACACAGAAACCAGGAAGUGCCUCUGGACUCCACCGUCCCACCGUCUCUCCCCCAGAAACAGGACGAGGAUUUCCAGUACACUACUGUGAAAUUCAACAGCCCCAGUGCUGCUCAAUAGACAUUGGGAGGGAUUCAAUCCAAUCAUAGGUUAUAGACAUUGGGAGGGAUUCAAUCCAAUCAUAGGUUAUAGACAUUGGGAGGGAUUCAAUCCAAUCAUAGGUUAUAGACAUUGGGAGGGAUUCAAUCCAAUCAUCGGUUAUAGACAUUGGGAGGGAUUCAAUCCAAUCAUAGGUUAUAGACAUUGGGAGGGAUUCAAUCCAAUCAUAGGUUAUAGACAUUGGGAGGGAUUCAAUCCAAUCAUAGGUUAUAGACAUUGGGAGGGAUUCAAUCCAAUCAUAGGUUAUAGACAUUGUGGCUUUUAAUGUAAUUCUUUUUUUUAAAUGCUUUUGGAAAUUGCUAUAUAAUUCCUCAAUUCGAAUGUCUUUGAUUUCAGCUUGAACUAUCUAUUUAAAUUAAAGUACAGGCCAAACUGUUCAGUCCAUAUUCUACUGUUCUAUUAUGGUCAGAGGGGAUAAAAACUGUUAAUUUUUUACAGUAACUUUGUUGUUGUCAUAUCUCAAACAGACAGUUUCAGCAUUAAAGAUUCCAGGUUUAAAUAACACAA